AUGCCUACCCGAUUCUCCAACACCCGAAAGCACCGAGGUCACGUCUCUGCCGGUCACGGUCGUAUCGGUAAACACAGGAAGCAUCCGGGAGGUCGUGGUCUUGCCGGUGGUCAGCACCACCACCGAACCAAUUUUGACAAGUACCACCCUGGUUACUUCGGUAAGGUCGGUAUGCGUCACUACCACCUCCUCAAGAACCACUACUACCGCCCCACCAUCAACAUCGACAAGCUCAUCACUCUCCCCGAGUCUAAGGUCGAUGCCCCCGCCGGUACCGUCCCCGUGAUUGACCUCACCCACCUCGGCAAGUUCAAGCUUUUGGGUAAGGGCCGAAUCAACACCCCCUUCAUUGUCAAGACCCGAUUCGUCUCCAAGCUCGCCGAGGAGAAGAUUAAGGAGGCUGGUGGUGUCAUCAAGCUCGUCGCCUAA